UUCGUUGUGAUUUUGUGUAUGUUUUCCCUUUGUAAAAUUGAAUUUUACGGAGCCCAAGGACAAAAUAUCGGCACAUUCUGGCAUAUCAGCGAUCAUCAUUUAGAUCCAUACUACACUGAAAAUGCUGAUGACCCAACAAAAGUUUGCCCAUCAUCUGAUGGAGCCGCUACAUUAGAUGCCGGGCCAUUAGGAGAUUAUAAGUGUGAUUCACCGUGGAAUCUCAUCAACUCUUCCGUUUACGCUAUGAAAAGAAUCAAACCGGAUCCAGAUUUUAUUUUAUGGACUGGAGACGACACAUUACAUACAAGUGAUGAAGAGAAGUACGUCCCGGCUCAUACAGUUGUUGAAAUUGUUGGCAAUAUAACUAUAUAUAAAGAAGUUUUUCCUAACACAAAAGUCUAUCCAGUUCUUGGCAAUCAUGAUAUGUAUCCAAAAAAUCAAAUGGCGCCUGGCGAAAACGAAAUCUUAUCUCAAAUUGCACAACUAUGGGAAGACUGGCUGACACCAGAGAGUUUCACGUCGUUUCAAAAAGAUGGAUUCUAUAAAGAAACGUUUGGAUCGAAAAAUCAACAUUUGCUUAUUGCGUUGAACAGUAAUUUUUGGUACAAAAGUAACAAAAAAGUUGACGGAACUGGAGAUCCAGGAGAUGAAUUUGCAUGGAUGGAAGAUUCGCUGAAUUCAGCUAAACAAAAUUCACAGAAGGUGAUUUUGGUUGGUCAUAUUCCUUCCGGAUACUUUGAGCACGCUGCAAUUGAACCUUGGUAUUGGCUAUAUCCGGAAUACAAUGAACGUUUCAACAACAUCAUACGAUCUUAUGCCGAUGUCAUUUCUGGGCAGUUCUUUGGACAUCAUCACACUGAUCAUUUCAAGAUUUUUAAGGAUGCAUCUGGCAAAGUGAUAUCGUCGGUAUUACUGACGCCUGGAAUUACUCCAUGGAUGACAACACUGCCUGGAGUUGACGACGGUGCAAACAAUCCUGGAAUUCGAUUAAUAGAGUACGACAGAGAUUCUCUGCAUCUCAAGGAUUACCAACAAUACUACUUGGAUUUAGCGAAGGCAAAUAAUGACUCGCAAUCCGAAGCAGCUGACAUGUGGGAACUCGAAUACACAGCGACAGAAGCCUUUAACAUCCCCGAUAUAUCUACUGUUUCUUGGGGAAACUUAGCAUUGAACAUGCGCUCAGGAUGCGAAUCUAUUAAAACAUCAUGUCCAGAAGUUUUCAACAAGUACUUCUUAUACAAUUCAGUUUCCUAUAACCUUAAAAAGUGUGAUGAAACAUGUCAAAAAUAUCAAUUAUGCGCCAUGACGGAAGUAGAUUUUGACGCAUACAAAAGUUGUCAAGACAACUGGGGAUCUUCAGCAACUAGUGCAAACCUGACGGAUAUGUUUUUGAUUUUAUUAGGGUUGGCUGUCUUGUUAAUUGUAUAAAACCACUGAAAUCAUACAAUCCAAGCAACAAUGCGUCUGCUUGUGUAUUCAAAUCUUGUUACGUCAUAACAGCUUUGUUUAAUUAAAUUACGUUGUAUAUAAUCGGACAGCAUACAGUUGCAAAACAAUAAUCGUAGCCGUAAGUAUAAUGUAUUACAAUCUAUGCUAGUACGAAUUUAUUGAAAUUAGUUGUCGCUCAUAGUAAUGCUUAGCGCUAUACAUUGCAGGUAUCUCAUAAAGCCUAUAUAUAUAAAGUAUCCGUCACUUAUAGUUCAUAUAGCAUUGUCUAAUUAUUAGAAUGUAAAUUAAAUGAACAUGAUGAUUUUGAGAAAA